AUGGACAUUGACUCCGAGAUAUCUACAGCGUUGGCCACGAUAAGGCUGGAGUUGGAAUCGCCCGAACUCGUGAGCACUUUCUACCAUUUGGAGGAUUUCUACGAGCGGAAAUUGUGGCAUCAAUUGACCCAGGUGCUCGACGAACUUUACAACAAGGAGUCGGCAUUGGCCCCCUUUGAACUAAAGAACAAAAUCUACAGUUUAUUUAUUAGCCAGUUCCAGACCAAGCUCAACCCCAUUAAAAUUGUUGAUUUCUUGUUGGAGAGUUUUGCCGCUGGAGAAGCCUUGGAUAAACUUGUACAGCUUCGAGGCGAGUUUGUCACCCAUUUGAAGAAGGAACACAACUUCAAAGAUGAGCUGGAUCCUGAGUUUGUCAGGAUCUUGGAAGACGACGACGCGUUGAUAUAUACAGAUUUGCAAAUUGCUAGAUACUACUUGAUAUUGAACCAGAUUGGCGACGCCGAGCAAGUGUUGACGAGAUUGGAAAAAUCCAAGUUUCAAGACUUGAACAACGACCUCAAUGCAAAGAUCAACGCUGCUUAUUACUUGGCCAAGUGCGAAUUGUUCAAAAUAUUGAAAAACUACAAUGAGUUUUACAAGAACGGGUUGUUGUAUUUGUCGUCGACCACCAGCUUGACCCAUGAUGAGAAGGUCAAAUUGUGCUACGAGUUGUGCAUUGCUGCGUUGUUGGGUGACAAGGUGUACAACUUUGGAGAGUUGAUCCUACAUGACAUCUUGCAAGUCAUCCUGGCUCCAGAAUCGGAGUAUUUCUGGCUAUACAACUUGAUCCAAAACCUCAAUUCUGGAAACUUGAAGGAGUUCAACCAUUGGCUCGCGAUAGCUUUUGACAAGUCGCCCUUUUUACAAAACAAUCAAGCUUUUCUCGACCAAAAAAUCAUCAUCAUGGCGUUGCUCGAAUUGAUCUCAAUCAAGUCCUCGUCGACUUCGAUAGACAAGACACUCACAUUCCUGGAAAUCAGCAGUUUCACGGGAACCGAUAUCGAUAAUGUCGAGUUGUUGAUUAUCAAGUGUUUUUCAUUGAAUCUAAUCCAGGGGUACAUCAACCAAAUCGAUGAAAUUUUGAUUGUGACCUGGUUACAACCGAGAAUCUUGAACUUGGAACAAGUAAAGACGUUGUAUAAUCACUUGGUUGAAUGGGAUAGCAAAGUUGAACAAUUGGGCAACGUUGUUUUAGAAAGCGGUGGUUCCAUAUGGGCCGGUGUCUAG